CACCAGUUCGGGUUACGCCGACCGAGAGAUUUCAUCGCCGCCCCCGGCGGUCCCUGCCCCUGUUUCCAGAUCUCGGCCACCAUUGGGCAUCGGGCCCGCCGUGGGGACGGCAUUGCCGCGAGGUGGGGAAGAGCAUCAAGGACUCCCCUGCUCCAUGCUUCCAUGCUUGUCUGCUUGUCUUCUUCCAUGCUUCCACUCAGCAUGCUUCUCUGCUUCCUGCUUCUCUGCUUCCAUCUUCCACGCUUGCAUCUCCCAAUGCUUCCAUGCUUCCAUGCUUCCAUGCUGUCACGUGCCAGUUGCUCCACUGCCCUGGUUCUGCGGCCGUCUGCCAUUUUCCCAUCCCCUCCUGAACCCUAGCUGUUUCCUAUCUCCUUCUGUCUUCAGAACAAGGACACACGAGCGUCCCCGUCUUCGUCCUCGCGGCCCUUUCCCCUUAUCUCGGCCAGAUGUUUCGUGUCGGCUUCACACUGUCACAGUCUCACAAACGUCAACCUCUCCACCGCAGCCGGGCUGCUGAAGGGUCCGGAAUCCAGAUGAAGAACAUGCCCCGAGACCCCCGAGUCUCUUCUCCGUUUUGCGAUAAAUGAGCCAAGUGUUGAAGU